AUGGCCAGACGGCGGUGUGCAGCUGUGGAUAGAUUGUUGGAGAAGUUGCGGAGUGAAGGCCAGCUGGAAAUCCGCCCGGUUCCAAGGCAUGGACGUCGGCCAGGUGAAAAUCGCCACAACCCGUACGAAGCCGGAGUGAAACGGUACGAGAUGACCGGGAUGGGUAUAUACCGUGACGAUAACCUGAACGAGCCGCGACCAGAUCCACCGAAAAAACGUUCAAAGUACCCGAAACAUCGGAAAUCCGCGAGGAGGCCCAACCAUUCGGAAAUCAUGCCUACGGAAGAACAAUCGCUCAGCGAAGAUUGCAACGACCUCGGCUUGACGCUGCCCGAUCUUGGCGUAGAAACAGAUCUCGAAUUCCAUGGCCCGGUCGAAGAAGCCUCGUCGUCUUCGACGUCGUCAUCGAAAACUUCAACCAACGCAGAAACCGGAUACGGCUCCCAAUAUGUAUGCUCACUUGACUUCGGCUUCGUCAACGAGGAGGUCACCAUUUGAACCCUGUGAUCUAACAAU